UAAUAAACAAAAAACUAAUGUCUAAACUUCCUUCUUUCUUCAACCAAAUAACACUAACUACCUUUUUCUCGCAAAAUUUCUCCAAAAUUCCCAGUCCACAGCCAAUUAAUCUCUUUCAAACUCCCAGGCAUUAUUUCAAUUCAAUAUUGUUAUUACCAAAUGCCAACCCCAUUUAAUCAAGCUAGGCAUUGACAUGCCUGCAAAUGGCACAUAUCUUAAUGAAAAUCUGAGUAUAAUUUUUCUCUUAUAAGGUGACAUGCAUGUUGUUUACAAUUCCUGUGGAGAUCUGCUAAAAUAAUACAAUCAUAUUCAACGUUCGAUGUAUAUGAGUGCCUCAUCAACCUAGACAUUCACGUAUAGCUUACAAAGAAAUAUUUAUUCCAUGAGUUCCAUCACCUUUAAAUUUUGCUUUUAUUCAGUUGAUGAAUUGAGAUGUUGGGCAAAAAGAAUAUUCUAAAACAUGGCUUAUCAUGCUACCACAAGGGCACAAUCAUCUUCUUCUUCUCAACCGCCUGUCGUACAAAAACUAACAGAUGAUCCUGUAAACCCUAAGAAUGCGCAAAGUAGCGUUACGUGUGUGUACCAAUCUCAUAUUGGAGGUUAUUGGCGUAACGUGACUGUUAUAUGGAGCAAGAAUCUUAUGAACCAUUCCGUGACCCUAACGGUCGAUAGCGUGGAAAGUGAUUAUCAUCAAACAUGCAAGAUUGAUCUUAAACCUUGGCAUUUUUGGGCCAAAAAAGGAUACAAAACUUUUGAGGUUGAUGGGAAUCAAUUGGAAGCUUAUUGGGAUCUAAGAUCAGCAAAAUUUUCUGGAAGUCCAGAACCAUGUUCGGAUUUUUACGUUGCCUUAGUUUCUGAGGAAGAGGUUGUUUUAUUAUUAGGUGAUUACAAGAAAAAAGCCUACAAGAAAACUAAAUCAAGGCCAGCUCUUGUGGAUGCUUUAUUGUUUUAUAAGAAAGAACAUGUUUUUGGUAAGAAAAGUUUCUCAACAAGAGCUAAAUUUGAUCAAAGGAAGCAAGAAAGUGAUAUUGUUGUAGAAAGCUCAACUUCAGGUCUUAGAGAUCCUGAAAUGUGGAUAAGUAUAGAUGGGAUUGUUUUGAUUCACAUAAAAAACUUGCAGUGGAAAUUCAGGGGAAACGAAACGGUGUUAGUGAACAAACAACCGGUGCAAGUCUUUUGGGACGUGCACGCUUGGUUGUUUUGUUCACCAGGGUCGGGUCAUGGCCUGUUUAUUUUCAAGCCAGGAGCGUCUGAGGACGACAGUGACAGGGAAGAGAGUAGUGUGGGCGGUGGCAGUGAUUGCAGUGAUCAUAGCAAGUAUUAUUCGACGUUAAGCUACUCUAAAGCUUCACCAUUUUGCCUCUUCUUAUAUGCAUGGAAAAUUGAGUAAGGACUAACAGUUGUUAAGUGGUAUAAACUGUAAGAAUUUAAGAGAUUCCAGUUCCAAAGAAAUUGUAACUGGACAAGUGAAUGAUUUGUGGAGAUCAGCAGAGUAAGUUUUUGGGGGUGUUUUUUACUCCAAAUUAAUAUUUGUGAAUUUUGUGAAAAUGUUGUAUUCUACAUAACUCUAUAUUCUUUUUUCACCUCGCCGGAUGCAGGAGAGAAGGGACACACUCUCAUAUAUGUAUAUUUGGACAAAUUUAAGAGAUUUAUAUUUAUGU